AUGUCUGAAGAAGAAGUAAAAAGGUUGCUUAAAUUAGUGGAGGAAUCGUUUAAUGAAACUAUAACCGUCAAACUAGCAAAAAAAAAGAUAAGCGAACUUCCUGUUGAAGUUAUAAACUAUGCAAAUAAUUAUAAUGUUGAUAGAUUGUCAAUUGAAAGCAAUCAAUUGUCAAAACUUCCAAAUGAAAUGUCUAAUUUUACACAUUUAAGAUAUCUUAAUCUUUCUCAAAACCUUUUUAUGGAAUUUCCAGAAGCACUUUGUUUAAUGCCAAGUUUAAAAAUCUUGGAUAUUAGUAAAAAUAAAAUUCGUAAACUACCCCAAGAUUUUGGAAAAUUGAUGACAUUACAGUUGCUGAAAAUUUCAAAAAAUCAAAUAAAAAGAAUACCAAAAUAUUUUGCAGAUAUGAAAGAUUUGCAAUAUUUAAAAAUUGAUUACAAUCCAAUUAAAUUUCCACCAAAAGUUAUCCAUAUGAUGCCAAAAGGCGAAGAUAAAGAUUUAGAUGAAGGCAAAAAUAGCAGCAGUGAAGAAGAAGUGGAUUAUCAGUUUGAUUCACAAAAUAAUAGUGAUAAUAAACAAUUAAAAAAAGCAACGUCAGUUGAUAAUAUUAAUUACUUGUCAUCUAAUGUUAAUACAAGACAAAUAGUUGAUGGUGCUGGGUCAUCAUCAUCUUUAAAAACAAUCAAAGAGAAUGACCAAAUGGUGUCAAAACAAGAGAAAAAACGCCUUAAUCCAAAAUUAAGUUUGGAUUUACAACCUGUUCGUCGUAGUCGAAGUCACAGUAAUGAUUUUGAUGCAACAUUAACAAAUUUUAGAAAUACAUUUGUUAAACAUUCAAAAAGUGUAUCCACAGAUUCAAUAAAUUCAACACAGAAUCAACUCCUCAGAGCUGAUACAUAA